UCUUGAGUUCCCUCACUGGGACAUUGAUGUUGUAGAGGACACUGGACAGAGUGGAUGGUUCUUGUAUGUUCAUCAUUACCUGGAUGUAUAAUUUCUUUCCUUCAUCAUCAUCAUCAUCAUCAUCAUCAUCUUCAGCUGUGUUCACUCAGUGACUGUCACAUUGUCUGUUUAUCGAUCUCGGUCACAGUUUGUGCAGUUUAACAGAACAGUUCUGCACCCCUUUAUAUCCCAGUCUCCAUCUCGGCGUCUGAGAAGUUCACGAGAGUGAAAACGUUGAGGGGACGGAGCGGCAAAGGAGGAGGAGGAGGAGGAGGAGAGAGGACAGCGUUGUGUUUUUUUGAGCAGGAGAGGAUGAAGGGGACUCUUUCUUGUGUCUGGACCUAAAACAUAAGACAAUCAUCAUCCUCAUCAGCAGCAGUUUGAGCUGAGGAGGACUGAAAGUGCCUGGAGAAUCUGGUGGAUGUGUAUGGAGUUGCUGGGGGUGGCUGCCAGGCUGCAGCUAUGGUUGUUGAGUCGAGGUUUCCUGCCUCCUCAUCAGUGACCUGGUCGUUUUUGUCUCACCAUGCCGGAAGACCCCGUCGCCUCCGUGCUCUACAUCAUCCUGGAGCUGCUGAUUGCUGUGUUCUCUGUGCUGGGCAACGUGCUGGUCUGCUGGGCCGUGUGCCUCAACAGCAACCUGCAGAGCAUCACUAACUUCUUUGUGGUGUCGCUGGCCGUGGCCGACAUCGCGGUGGGCGUCCUGGCCAUACCCUUCGCCAUCGUCAUCAGCACCGGCUUCUGCUCCAACUUCUAUGGCUGCCUCUUCAUCGCCUGCUUCGUGCUGGUUCUCACUCAGAGCUCCAUCUUCAGUCUGUUGGCCAUCGCUAUCGACCGAUACAUCGCAAUCAAGCUACCACUCAGGUACAACAGUUUGGUGACAGGCCAGCGAGCCCAAGGCAUCAUCGCCAUCUGCUGGGUUUUAUCCAUCAUCAUCGGUCUGACCCCGAUGAUGGGUUGGCACAAAGAGACCGAGCCAGUGUCACCGAAAGCUGCCAACAACAGCACGUGUCUGCCCACUCAGAUGAAGUGCCUGUUUGAGAAGGUGGUGAACAUGGAGUACAUGGUCUACUUCAACUUUUUUGCCUGUGUACUGAUUCCUCUGCUGCUGAUGCUGGCCAUCUACCUGCGUAUCUUCAUGGCCGCUCGUCACCAGCUCAAACUGAUUGAGUUGAAGGCGUUUCACGGCGAGAAGUCUCGCUCCACGCUGCAGAAAGAGGUGCAGGCGGCCAAGUCCCUGGCCAUCAUUGUGGGGCUGUUUGCCGUCUGCUGGCUGCCUCUACACAUCAUCAACUGCUUCACCCUCUUCUGUCCUCUGUGUGUUCGUCCUCCGCCCUGGAUCAUGUAUUUGGCCAUAAUCCUCUCUCACGCCAACUCUGUGGUCAACCCCUUCAUCUACGCCUACAGAAUCAGGGAGUUCAGACUGACCUUCCGUAGGAUUAUCCGGCGCCACAUCCUGGGCCAGCAAGACAUGUUUGAGAGUGGCAGCAGUAAACGCAACUCCACUUACAACGGCAUCACAGACUCCAUCAGACUCAAGGCAAACGGCCUCAGCUUUCAGUUCUUCACUGAACACAGUGGCAGCAGUAGCUGUGAAAGCUCUUGCCACUGUCCCACUUACAUCUCUGCUGUAGGGGGAGGACUGGUGGCGGUGUCCCGCCCCCCUCUGUCAGUCAUCAUCUCCCACUGUCCUAAGACAGACCUGUGUCCACUGCAAGGCCUCACACAAACUCAGAUACCAGAGGAUCAUCAUCAUCAUGUACAGCAGCAGCAGCAGCAGCAGCAGCAGGACUGCAGUGAACCAGUCGUCAUGGAGGACAAAGACCUGGUCUCUUCACUGUUCAACAGACAGGACAGGAAGUGCUGCUUCAGUGAAGUGGCAAAGGUGUCCUGACGCGCGAGGGAUUUAUAGUUGUUGUCAGGUUUAGAUCUGCGACGGAAACGUUUGUGCCGAUGAUAAAGGACAGCAAACAUUCACUAAAAUAACUUCUUCAACACAUUAAAACUGGCUCCUCAGUUUAAUUUAAACCGCUGCGAGAUGUUUUUCUUUGAAAAUGAUUGACAGAUUAAUCGAUUGUGAAAAUAAUGCUUAGCUGCAGCUCUAAUUUCAGAUUCUGUUGAUAGUUUUCCCUUAAAUUAAAACAUUUUAAUGUGUGUAAUGACAGAAAUGGACAGUAAAGUGUUGUUUGACACUUUCCUCUCGUGUUGAACUCCUGUGCUCGAUCCUCACCGUCCCAUCUUCAGCGGUCUGAACAGAACAGAUUCUCCCCGUGUCUCUCGUCUUUCACUGCUGCAUGAGCCACAAAUCUGUACACGAGAAAAAGUAGCACGGACGUGGACACAAAUGCAUCAGCUGACCAUUAGGAUCACACAACGUACAAUGACGAGGAGGCUGAAAGGGACGCCAUUUCAUUCAAGCAGCAAUUAUCAAAAGUGCUGAGCGACAAAGAUUAAAUCAGGCUGUAAAAUCCUCCAUCUCCCAGCAUGCCUUGGGACUACAGCGGACAGAAAGGAUGUCAUUUUUCUUUGUUAGUGUAACAAAAAUGUGAACGACACAUGGAUGGUGGCCUCCAUAAAGCGAGGCGCUUGAUUAAGGCACAUAUAAAUAUAUAGAUAUAUAGAUAUAUAUAUAUAAGACUUAUUUCUAAGGCUACGAUAACUGUACUAUAUUUCAUACACUGUCACAGACCUACACCAUCUUAAAUGUUACACACUGGACUGAGAGUUCAGUGAAAGACUCAGCAAAGCUCAGCUAAUAAAGACGAGAGUGGAUCUCUAUUAUUAUCAUUAUUAUUAUUAUUAUUGUUCAACUGUAAAUGAAAUGAAUAUACUCUAGUUUGUGAGUAAAGCCUGACAACUCAAUUAUUGAUGUCUAAAUCUAAAGACAGAUCACAUUAAGCCACUACCAUGACUCAUGAGCAGAGCAUUACAAUCCUUGUCUAUAGCUGAGCCUCAUCCCUGCAGGAUGUUAAUAAUGUUUUUUGUUUUGCAUUAUAUUUCAAGUGUUUGUUUUUUUUUGCCAUGUAUUUACAAUGAACGAGUUCUGAUUAUUAAUAUUUCUGGGCCGUCUGUCGUCUCUAUUUAUACUGAAUAAAACCCAGGACAGGACAGGUAUGACAUGUGUGUCAGUAGCACUGUAAAAACCUCAGAGUUGGUCAUGUGAUGCUGAUCGGUGACCUCGUGUUUGCUCCGUGUGAUCAUGUGACUUGACUGUGUGCUUAUUUAAGUGAAAUUCAUGAAGAUGGUUUUGAAAGAUGCUGUUUGUAAAUGAUGACAGUUUAAACUAAAAUAAAUAAACAAACUCAGCGCAGUCCA